AUGGCUGAUCCAUGGCUGUUCACGUCGAUAAUUCCACAUUCCUCUCAGAACAAAUAUGACUCGGCAUGGUUUGCGAAUUCUGCGAAAUGUAACGGCAAGCGGCCUCAAUGCGGCUUCUGCGCACAGUACAACCAGCCUUGCCACUACCUGGAAGACAGGAGGCAGUUCAGCCGGCCGACAAAGGCGCAGAUUCAGGGGAAAGACGAAGAGAUCAACUCUCUGAGGCUGCUGGUUAGGAGACUGAAGGAGACCGAAAGUCUUGAGGAGGUUAGGAAUCUCCUGAGCCAGCACCGGCGGACGGUAAACAAUGACCGCAGCGAUGACAUUACGAUUACAGACAACAAUGAGGCUGGCGAGAACUUCGUUAAUGACCAUAUCUCAAGGAAUGAGGACCUGGCUGCGUUGGAACAUUCGCAUGCAGGAAACGGGGUGACGAUAGUUGCGAGCGAGGCAAUGCGCCCCAUAGCAACGGAAAGAGCCAUGUCAUUCCCACUACAUCCUCCAUCACGCGAACCGAGUAGAGUAGCUAGCACUCUCUCAGCUUCCGAUGCUCUCCUUCCAGCAAUAGCAGACCUCCAACCUCAUGACGAAAGUCACGCAGCGACACACCGCUACAGAUCUCUUGAAGUUGAAUGGAAUCACCGCGCCCCGCCAACCAUUCCCGAAACCCGAGAUCAAGACUCCCAUCAAGAAGAUCAUGGAGCCGAAGACAGCCCUAUAUUCCAUGGACCCUCCUCCGCCAUGCAUGAACUAUCUAACCGCGGCGAUGGCACUCUCCCCGAGCACUCAAACUUCAUCGGUUUCGGCCCUUAUUAUCGGCAUUCCGUCCCUCCCCAGGAUGACACCUCCGCAUCCCAGUUGGCCGGCGCCACCAGCGACACUGUCCUUGCACCUAGAGACUCUGAUGACGAUACACUGCCUCCUGGACUUCAAUCAAUCGUUUCUCAGCUCGUUGCUCAUGCCGCCCUGCAGCGGCAUCGUGAGGUGGCUCAUCUGUACGAACGGCGCUUCGACUUCGACGGCCUCGACCCGGAGAUGGCAAUGCACUUCUUCGACCUGCACUGGAACCGCCCUCAUCUCUCCUACCUUAUCACUUACCGUCCGGCGGUCAUGGACAGCCUUGCCAACAAUGGCCCGUACGUCAAUAAACUCCUUCUCAAUGCCAUAUAUUUUGCCUCUGCUACAUACAGCGAACGGAGUAUCUCACUACGGAGGGACAAAGAUGAUCCACAGACGGUUGCUGCCCAAUUUCUUGACAGAUUUAGAGAGUGUCUGCAAGAGGAAGGAAUCGAGACACCCAGUGUACCUUCCAUAUGUGGCCUGAUCCUCAUGGGUACGGCUCUAGUAUCUAUCGGAAAGACCUCGCCUGGGUGGGUAUACUGUGGCAUCGCAUAUCGGAUGGUCAUCGACCUUGGCUGCCACUUGGAAAAGUCGUCACGCAGCAGCAACAGUAACUGUGGUCAGUUAACGGCUUUGGAUGUCGAGAUACGCAAGCGUGCGUUCUGGACCGCAUACGUCAACGAUAAAGUCCAGAGCCUCUAUUUGGGAAGACCGUGCUGCUUGCAGGUCUCCGAGAGCGAAGUCAGCAAGAGACUCCUCGACACUUACGAAGAAACCGAGCCCUGGAAACCGUACAUCGACCCACUCUAUUCCUCGAGCGCGACAUCAAAGCUCCUUGCAGCCUACGUGCCACGACCCACAUUUGCGGUGAGCACGUUCAGGGCACUCAUCGAUCUGGCGGAGAUAGCGGAAAUGCUCAUCAGUACAAUAUAUGCGGUCUCGUCGUUGAAGACGCCUGAAGACGAGAGGGUGAGGGCGUUACAACGCAUCGCCGAAGCAUUGGAGAGAUGGGAAAGGAAGCUGCCGGUACACCUUAGAGUGGAAGAUGAUCAUCCAGCGCCACCACAUUUGCUCACUCUACAUACCACCUACUUCGCACUGCGAAUCCUGCUCCUGCGUCCGUUCUUUCCUGGCGGCCACCUAUACCCUACUACAAUCACAAACGUCCCUUCUUCCAGCGGCAUGUCUGUCUUUUCCAGGCCCGCUUCAACAAGAGCCUCGCAACAGCCAGUUCAGACCCCUGCGGACUUCCUCACAGCUGCUCGACUGGACUGCUACUCGGCGGCCCUGUCCAUCCACGCUCUCGUCGCCUCCUAUCGUCGCUCCUUCACCUUAGGUCGGGCUCCCAUACGCUUGUCAUAUUGUAUACUUAACGCAGUCAUGGUGUUCAUGCAGGACGCCCAAGGGAGUAAUGAUCCAAGUAGAAAUAUGGAGGAGAUAAGGGAUUGCUACGAGGCGCUAAAAGAAACGACUCCGGCAAAUUUAGGUCUCCGAAAGCCCUUGAGGAUCAUGAGGGGCUUGGUACAAUACUUGGGGCUCGAAAGAGAAACUGCCCCAGAGCAAAUGCGGGAGGUGAGUCGUGGAAGAGGGCGUGAGUGCUUGGUGGGAGAUACAAGGAAUGGGCAGGCAAACGCGAGUGGGAGACAUAGCCCGCGCAUCACAGGCAUGCUCUCCGCCUCCCUUCUUGCGCCUGGCAACGAUCCCACUUGCUCUCAUUCGUCCCACCUGGAUACUCGCCCCCUGGUUAGUCCAAACAACAGCGGCACAGAUGGAGGAAACAGAUAUCUACAGGGCAAUUCUCUUUCAAUACCACAACCAAUGGACUUUUCUAAAAGAGUCCACGGGACCGACGCAAUCCCCCACGGAAUAGAGGACAAUGAUGACUGGUACAUGGAUUGGAGCUGGAACACGGGCCUCGAUGGGUUUGGGUUGUACGACGAUGAUCUGUUUGGGAUGUUUCAGCCGGGCGUGAGUCAAGGAGCUGAAGGCCCUGUGGGAUGA